AUGCAAAAGUUGGCGCUUGAAAAAGACGACACGCUCGAGUCCACAAACAGGCUUCUCCACGAUCUCGAGCGAAAGCUUCUGGUUGGCCUGGCGUCUCUGGGCUACACAGCCACAUCGCACGGGUCGGUGGUGAGAAACACCGCCAACGCCGGCUUGGCCAGCCACAGCAUCCAGCUGAGCGUGCUCCGGUACCUCCAAAGCAGCGAUUUCGACGCCAACGCGGUCUACGCCGACCGGCAGCAGAAGUUUGCCACGACCUUUGGGCGCGAGUACUCGCCGGUGUCGCGGAGCUCCAGCGAACGGAUCCGGGAAAGCGAUACCGAGAGUCUGAGGAUGGAUCUCCGCGCAGACUCGGACGAAAGAAGCGAGCGGGAAGAAGAGAUGGAGCGAAUAGAAAGAGGCGAAGGCGGCAAAGGCGGCAAAGGCGGCAAAGCAGGCGCUGCAGAUCAAACGGCACAACACCCCGCAGACCCGCCGGAAACCCCAGAACAGCAUUACGACGCCGUGUACUCGGACUCAGAUCCUCUCGGAGACAUUUUGGACGACUCGGGCGAAGCCUCGGGCGACGCCUCCGACGCGUCUGGCUCCGACGCUCACUCAGACUUCCACAACUUCGAUUCGCCCGACGCACAUUCCGACGCGGACCUCUACGGCGACUUCUACGACGACGACUUCGACCCGCUUCCUCCUCUGCCGCCGCGCCUGCCGCCGCGCGACUUGGACCCGGCCAAACUCUACGGUCUCUACGAUUUUUCCGGCCCGGAUCCGCUGCAUUGUACGCUUGCGCGAGACGAGCCUGUUGUGUUAGUGGAUGAUCUGGACAGUUACUGGUGGCUUGUGCGGAAAAUGACUCGGGCGGAGCGCGCCGAGCUUGCGCAAAAGCGCGGGCUUUCGCCGCCGCCGCCCGACGCGGACGACGGAAAAGUGGGGUUUGUGCCGGCCGAGUGCCUCGAGACGCACGUCGAGCGCUUGGCGCGCCUCAACUGUUUCCGCAACGAAGAGCUCGAGCGCGGUCUUUUGCCCGGGCGCGACGUGCCGCGCAGGGCGGCGCUGCGCAAACAGGUGACGUUUGAAGGCGUGGCCGACCUCAAUUGGGACGACGAGGACGUCGGCUUCAGCUACUACCAGGAAAACAUGGCUGCAAAAAGCGAAAUCGCCGCUGGUGAUAUUCCCAGCGCCGCGGUGGGCGCCGAGCUGGACGUGCUCAGCGACAUCUUUUCCGACACGCCGCUCGUGGUGGAAAAGAGAACGGGGAGAAAGGACGGCAGAGACGGCAGAAACGAAGGGAACGCAGAAUCCUUUGAGAAAACCGGUGCCACGGAAACCGGUUCCCGCGAAUCCGUAGGUAAAUCUCAAAAUCGUGUUGGCACAUCCGAAGACGCCAGCACAUCUGAAAACUCCGCCAGCACAUCUGAAAACUCCGCCAGCACAUCUGAAAACUCCGUUAGCGCAUCUGAAUACUCUGCUAGCACUGCCAGCCUAAACUGCGAAGUUCCCCAGCCAGCAUCAGAGAAGCCAAAUGGCAUCUCUAGCGGAGAUCUGGCACCGGAUGGCCGUGCCGUUUCUCAAGCCGACGCAAGUCUGCCCUCUGCAUCUACGGGACAGGUCGCUGACCCCAAGCGCCGCCGCCGGCGCCGCAAGAAGCCUGUCCACGACAUGUUUCUGCCAAUUCUCGGAAAAUUGGAUGAGCUCACGGAAAAAUUGGCCGAGCUCGAGCAUUUCUUGUAA